CCACACUGUUCUUUCCCAACAGCUGUUUCCAAACGCGCAGUAGUUUCUGUGUUUUCUUUUCGCUUCGAAUUUCACAACAAUACCCAACUAGUUGUAUUGAUUUACUUAAAUUACAAUUAGCAAGUGAAUAUGUCUUUGGUCCGCAACUCAUCCCGCCUGCUCCGCUCUCAGCUGAAGCGUGUGCAGAGCGUGCCGGUGGCCCUAUACCACGAGAAUGUCGUUGAACACUACGAAAACCCGCGCAACGUGGGAUCGCUGGACAAGAAGGAUGCCACAGUGGGCACUGGGCUGGUUGGAGCUCCCGCUUGCGGUGAUGUGAUGAAACUGCAAAUCAAAGUGGACGAGAACGGCAAGAUUGUGGACGCCAAGUUCAAGACCUUUGGCUGUGGCUCGGCCAUCGCCAGCAGUUCCCUGGCCACCGAGUGGGUCAAGGGAAAAUCCAUCGAUGAGGCCGGCAAGCUAAAGAACACGGACAUUGCAAAGGAGCUGCGUCUGCCGCCCGUUAAGCUGCACUGCUCUAUGCUGGCCGAGGAUGCCAUUAAGGCCGCUCUGGCGGAUUACAAGGUCAAGCAGCAACAGAAGAAGGCAAACUAAGCAAAGUGUUUGUGUGUGUGGAAACGGAAUCUGUGAAUGUAGUGGAGCAACUAAUAAAAAACUAUAAUAAUCUACACAAUACAAUACAAUACAAUACAAUACAAUACAAUACCAUAUACUAUAUAGAACACUUGGCAUCAAGUCGUAGUAUGCGAUUAUUCGCUAGAGCUCUGUGAGUGAUUGGCCGCGUGAUUGACUGCUGAUAAGUGCAUUGCGAGUAUAUAGGAUACGACAUUGAUUUAAACUGAAACGGAUAGCUGAAACUGAUCUAGUGUGAAUGCAUGUCCACGUGUGUGUAUUUUAAAGGGGAAUUACCUAGUCCCAAGAGCGAAAUUAAAUUAUCUGUUCUGUUAUGCAAAAUAUAAGCUUCCUUCGUCGAUAAAUAAAUAAAACGUUCCCGUUGGAAUAGAAAA